AUGCAGCAGUGCGCUACGGCAACGCCGUCGAUUGAGGAGAAGUGGAUAACGUUGAUGGUUUUAUAUUUUGCUUCUGCUCAACUCACAGUUACCUCGGUCAUGCGCGAUUACCCGCAUCUUCGCCGAGGUGUGUCGUCCUCGAACACAGCUCUGCCCAACCUUCUCGAUCUUCUGCGAGAGCUUGCACAGAAUCAAUCCAUUCGUCGCUAUUCCAUAUUCUGCGAAACCUUACGUCUCGCCUGA